ACAGAAAUAAACUCAUGGUCACAAAAAUUAGGAUAACAAAGACAAAAUGCAUUCCUAUUUCCCAGUGACCAGAAAAAGGAGAAAGAAGUUGCGUCUGCUUCAUAUGUCAGAUGUGAGGCCUUGCCUUCCACGAAAGUAACUAACAUAACCAUGGCCUCCUCAUGAAGACAACGUUUUCUCAGUGCCAUGAAGAAGAGGCCAGAGAUCCAACAACACCAACACGAGCCACAAGACUUGGAAGUUCUGAAAGCCGUAGCACAAGCCUGGUACAGCCACUCCGGUACUUCCAAGCCCAUGAGCGAGUUCUACGCUCACAGAAGAAACUUCAGAGGCAGCAAGCCUUCAAGGUUUAAGCUCGAAGCAUUGAACAAGCCACAAGCUUCUUCUUCUUCUAGGGACACUACUACUAUUUACUGGGAUUUUCAGCAGUCUCUUUGGGACUCCUAUGAGCUUGUCACAGUGUCCAGAAGGAUUGAGACUGGGUUAACUUUGGAUAACCCUUUUGAUGAGUUGUGUGGUUCCGCUUCAAUCCAACAUAAGCGCAAGCCUGAGAGUAAGAAUAGCCUCAGGAACCUGUUCAAUCUUAUGUCUUCUAGGAGAUUUAAUGCCCACAAUACUCCACACCAAAAAUAAUACAUGACUUUUAUCUUCUAUUAUUUAAUAUUCAUCCUGAUAUUAUGGAUUACUUCUGCUGAUAGAUUUAGAUUUUAUUUGUUAUGGGCAAAUAUUAGUUAUUAGUAUUGUUAGUUUUUGUUAGUUA